AUGGUGGUGGCAAUCGGGUUCGAAGGCAGUGCCAAUAAACUUGGUAUUGGAAUAAUAUCUGAUACCGUCGUCCUCUCAAAUCCUCGAAUUACAUUUUGUCCCCCCACAGGGGAGGGUUUCCAGCCAAGAAUCGUCGCUUCUCACCACAAAGCACACAUCCUCGAUCUCCUCGAAAAAGCUUUAAAAGAAGCCAAAAUCACCCCCAAAGACGUGGACAUAAUUUGUUUCACCCGAGGACCUGGAAUGGGUGCCUUACUCUCUUUGGUGGCCGUUGUCGUCCGGACUAUAUCCCAGCUGUGGAACAAGCCCUUAGUGGCAGUCAAUCACUGCGUGGGUCACAUAGAAAUGGCCCGAAUGGUCACAGGAGCCCACAAUCCGACCAUUUUAUACGUCUCUGGAGGCAACACACAAGUCAUUUCCUACAAAAAUGGUCGCUAUAGAAUAUUUGGGGAAACUCUGGAUAUUGCAGUUGGGAACUGUCUGGACAGAUUUGCCCGGAUUGUUAAGUUGUGUGUCUUUUAAGUCGAGAUUUCGAACGAUCCGAGUCCUGGGUAUAACAUUGAGUUGCUUGCGAGAAAGUAAAUGUUGGGUAAUUAAAGUAGGGGUGUUAAGUACAUUCCUCUUCCUUACUGUGUGAAGGGAAUGGAUGUCUCGUUUAGUGGACUGGUCUCUCAUUUGCAGGCAACGGUGGACUCCUAUCUUAAGGAAUAUUCGCUGGAGGAUUUGUGUUAUUCUCUCCAGGAGUGUGUGUUUUCAAUGUUGGUGGAAAUUACUGGUUUUUGUGUGUAUUUGGAGGACAGAGAGGGCAAUGACUAAUUC